UAGAGCAUUUUGUCAGUUGUGCACGCACCAUUGAGCAGGUCAGAGCUCGCGUCGGAGCUGGUCGGCGGAGAACAUCGAAUUGGUGGGGAGAGUGUACGGGUAAGAUCGGUAGAUCAGAGCAACGCACGCACACGAGCUCUCAGGCGCCCCCGGGGCGAACUACAAGCCAGCCAUGAUCUCGCAACUGAAUCUGAUCACCAUCGUUGGUGCGAUGGCACUGAGUGCUCUAGCAGUGGCAGCACCUACAACCACCAGCAGCACCACCAGCAGUCCCAGCACAGAGGCAUCGCCCACAGAGCUAUCCAUGGAGCUAUCUCCACAAUGCAAUUACACGCUAAUCAAAACGAAGACCCUUGGCGUAGAUCCCUCAUUCUGGAAGAAGUUCUUCACACAUUUGAUACCCUUUGUGGGUAGCUCACGGAGCAAAAUGCAAUUUAUACUCUUUAAGCGGGACUUUGCCGAUUGCGGAAGGGAAAUGUUAAUCGACAAUAAGGAAAAUCUGAAAAACUCUGGCUUCGAUGCACGUCAUCCGACAAGAAUCGUCAUACACGGCUGGAUGAGUCAGAGCAAGGGUUCGCAUAUAAGGAAAGUGAAGAAUGCCUAUCUGAGUCUGACCCAUCCGGGACCGAAUGGAGAGCCCGCGCGUUACGAGGACUUUAAUGUCAUCGUCUGCGAUUGGAGCAAGAUCUCAACGAAUGUGAAUUACUUUGAAGUGGCCAACACGGUAGAGAGUAUGGGCUUCCUGCUGGCCGAUCUAGUGCGCUAUCUGCACCUGAAUGCCGAUCUGCACUACGACGAUGUCUAUGUGAUCGGACAUUCGCUGGGGGCACAGAUCGCGGGCAGUGCGGGCAAGCAGAUACAGCCAUUCCGGUUCAACACGAUCUACGCGCUGGAUCCGGCGGGUCCCAAGUUCCGUGAUCAAACAGAUGAGUACCGCAUCGAUGCGAGUGAUGCCACCUAUGUGGAGUCCAUCCAGACGAGCGUCAGCCUGGGCUUCGAGCAGCCCGUGGGGCAUGCCACCUUCUAUCCGAACUACGGCAAGAACCAGAAGAAAUGCUAUGUCUAUGGCUGUUCACAUAAGCGGUCCCACGACUACUUUAUGGAGUCGCUGAUCAGUCCCGCUGGCUUCUGGGGUCCACGUGCCGAACGUCAUGCGGAUGGGACAUGGAUCCUCUUGCUCAGCGAGGGGGAGUUCCGCAUGGGCGGCGAGCCAUCGAUACCCAAGAAUGGCACUUUCUAUGUGAAGACCUAUGCCAAGCCACCAUACGCCAUGGGCCACAGAUGGCAGAUGGAGCCAGACCCCGAAGAAGAUGACGAUGAGAACGCAACAGAUGAAUAGCCGCAUGGAGCAGAUGGGAGAUAUAAUCUUGGCAGAACUGUGAAUAAAAUAUUGUAGGAAUAUAAACGAA